GGUAGAGAGGGAAGAUGAGAGAGAGAGAGAGAGGGUAGUGUGUACUAAUUUUUUUUUCUCGUUUUUUGCCCCCGGAAGUUUGAAAAUCGUUCCGGCCGUUAUUCCCCCCCCCCCUCAUGAGCAACAAAAAAAUGGUAAAUUUCUGGUCACAACUUUUUUUUUUUUACUGAUUUUUGGGGGCUUUUUUUUUUUGGUCGGGGGGGGGAACCCCCCCCCCCCCUGGAUCCGCGCCUGCUCUUGAAAUUUCUUCCUCUGUCACGAACAAUAUCGCUUGCUCGUGGGGUAGAACCACAGCAUUGGAAGCAAAUAAUCGUUUCCAUUCCAAAAUUUACCAAAGUUUAACGCUGUGCAAACUGCUAUUGUUAUUAUUAUAUCAUCUUUGUUCGUUUAUUCAACUACGUGACAUUGACCUCAUUAUUUUAAUAGAACUCAAUGAAAUUUCCCAUGUGGUAUUCCCCGGCGAUUGGCUCUGGCACAGUGUACUUUGUCUUGUAAAAUAGGUUAGAAUUCUCUUCAUUGUCUACAUGCAUUAUUAACCUUUUAGAUCUGUUUCAAAUACAUAAGUCAUGAUAAAAAAGUUUGGUUUCGUGCUAUUUAGUUAGCUUGUUUGUUUUGUUUUUACUUAAAUCGGCUGAUUCUCAUUUCAUUUUAUUUUGAACGGAUAUAAUUCGAUUGAUAACGAAUAGGAUGGGAGGUAACUGAUACAGCUAUAAACCUUAAUUUUAGUACAUCACAUGAUAUACUAAUUGAAAGAAAUGACAAAGAUCAGGAUAAACAAAAACGAUGAAAUAUUUCUUUUAAAAAACAACAAUGGUUGCGAUUACCGCAUGGUCCCUGGUUACAGAAAACAGGGUUGACUAUUUCGCAACGAGGUAAGGGGGGUAGAGGAAUAUUGCUUCUCUAUGUUGCAACAACUGUUCUAGUUUUUGUCGUUGACAGCAGUGGUUGCGACAUAACACAGUACUCACUGCGCUUGCGUACAUCCACUGAGCAGCCUACUUUUCCGGUCUUCAAACCACUCCUUUGAACUUUGUUGAUUUCGAUGAUGAUUUCAAGGUUUAAAUUGAACAUGAUAUGAACCAUAUUAUUUAUAUUUAGUUGCGUAAGGAGUCUGACAUGUCAGACAGCAUGAUAUACAUGGAACACAAAUAGAAUUUGAAAAUUCUCUUGAUCACGUACUGAUAAAAAUAAAAGCAUAGAUUCCGAAAAAGUAGACUACCCUCCUACUUCGUCACUUCCGGACAAUUUUGUGCGGGGAUUCCCCACUCGACGAAACGAGCCACAGCUAGCUGCUUGCUUGCUGAGCUACAGAUAUAUAUAGUCAUCAGUGACAGACCACAUCUUUUCAUUCCAACUGUUGAGCGGCGAGAAGAAAGGAAUAUGGAAGAGAAAGACGAAUUGCGUGGUCACAUAGUGCGAAUCGACAGAGGUUUUGCAAAUAUUUCGGUAUCAGGUCGGGCCGGGAAUGCUCGCCUCGAUACGUCGGCUGCUUGCCGUAGCACGGGUUCGUACAUUUCCGAUCUCCGUGAAAUACUGGAAAUCAAUACUUGGCUUAAGGUUCGAGUUGUUCCAAUGUCUGAGGAGGUUCUGUCAAAGAUUCCUCAACACUUUCGCAAUACGGUGAGGAGAAAUUCUCAAUGGGAAGUGAAGUUUUUCAGGAAAGACAUUGAACCAGCGCCGCAAUUAAGUCAGUUCAACGAUCCCGAGAGGUAUUUUACAGACGUCAGCAGCUUCAGUGGUGUGCCACGAGAGGCUGUCGGCCGGAUCAUCUCGGCACUACUGCAGAUCACAACCAUGCUCAACAACAUACGACUUCAGAAGCUUCUUCCUCUCGCGAAAUCACAUUUCAAAGUCAAGGAAAUCCCUGAAAUCGGCCGUUAUUUAGCGACAGAAGGGAAUCUGGAAAGAUUCAUCCUGAAUUGUCCUCAAUAUUUCACGAUUUCAUUAAGCGUUGUGAAGCGCUGUUGUGGGUUUAGCGAGGAAGUUUUCAAUUCAGCCCUUACCAAGAAGACCCUGGAGAUACAACUUCCAAUGAAGAGAAGACAGACCGCUGCUGCAUCUGCUGCUGGUGACCCUGUUGAUUUCAAAGAUGUGCUCAGUCAAACCCAAAUCAUCGAUUAUGUGGAGGACUGUAAUCGAGUUCUUGAUCCGAUCCUUGACCAGUCUAGAAGAGAGACUGUGGUCAUCGGACUCGAUUGUGAAGGUGUCGGAUUAGGAAGAGCGGGUGGAUGCCUGACUCUUGUUCAGAUCUCCACGUGGGACGGGAAAGCAUUCCUCUUUGACGCCUUCAAGAACCCUCAGCUUCUCAAAGGAAACUCUAGUCUCAAGAAGAUACUAGAACAUAACAGCAUCCUGAAGGUUAUCCAUGAUUGUAAAAGUGACGCAUACUCCCUGUAUCAUGGGUUUGGUGUGAAACUCAAGAACGUGUUUGAUACGUCGAUUGCGAUGCGCACAAUAAUGGAGCAACUGAACAGGAAUCGAUCCUACCAAGUCGGUUUUAAAGCUCUUUGUGAGCUCCUCGGAGAGGGCGCAUCUCACAAAGAUGAUGAUUUUGUGAAGAAGAUGCUUGAGACGCCAGAUUUCUGGAAGAUUCGACCAUUAACAGAAGAGAUGAUCUACUACGCUGCAUCUGAUGCAUUGUGUUUGGUUCCCAGCGUCUACUUGAAAAUCAACGGAAUGCUGACACCGCUUUGGCAAGACCUGUUCACGUGGUCUUGCAAAGACACCUUGGAAAACAUGCAGAGACGCUAACAACAAUGAGGUAACCAAGUCAUCUGACAGAUGACAUCAGAAACCAGGCCAACGUCUUUUACAAGCCAACCAAAGUGGAGCUCCCUUUCUUAAAAACCGGAGAAUUAACAUCGAAGACGACGACAGCGACGACAUUUUCUUCUAAAUAUCAUCACGCUCAAAAACGUAUUAUUUUAUAUAUUUAUUUACUACCAUUAUCAUUUAUGAAGGGCCUCUUUACAGAGCUGUAAACACUUUUCGUCGCAUGAUUAGCUUGUUUUGAUAGCAGAUUGAACUCAUUACCAAUAUUGAGAAAAUGGGUAUAGCAUCAUCAUCAUUGCAGUGUCAUGUAGAUGUUAAUGGUGAUGAUGGAGAUUCACAGCAUGUAAAUAGUGCCCUAUUUGUCUUUUAAGAAUGUCAAUUUGUUCACACCUCACACGUGACACCGGCAUUCUCAUCUGCUGAAAUAAUUGAGUUUUGAGGAUUUAAUCUAUUAAGAAUUUAAUGUAAAUCGAAUGGUAAGUCCAUAUUUAUAUCAUAUUUAAUUUGAUUUUUUUUU